GCUAGCGUUUCGCCAUGGUCCUUGCGCUGCUCUCUCCCAUGCUCCCCAACUACCGACCUUCCACGCCGCCGCUCGCCGAGCACCUCCUCAUGCCGCAGCAGCGCGCGCACUGCUGCCUCGGGGAAAUCCCCACCCCCACCUUCUGCCGCCGGAAAGGCCACCCCGACGACGCGUCCACCGCCACCGUCGACUGGGCUUCCGUCCGCCGGGCGUGCAAGGAGUGGCUCAAGAACCCCAUGAACAUCGCGCUGCUGCUCUGGCUGCUCUGCGUCGGCGUCUCCGGCGGCAUGUUCGUGCUCCUCCUCCUCGGCCUGCUCGACGGUGCGUUCCCGGCGGCGGCGGAAAGGAACCGGUGGAUCGAGAUCAACGUCCAGGUUCUGAACGCGCUCUUCACGCUGAUGAGCCUGUACCAGCACCCCGCGCUCUGCCACCACCUCUUCCUCCUCUGCCGCUGGCGCCCCCGCGAUGCCGCUGACCUCCGCGCCGCCUACUGCAAGGGCGCCGGCGCCGCGCCGCGCCCCCGCGAUCGAGUGCACAUGGCCGUCGUCGUGGCGCUGCUGCACCUCACGGUCGCGUGCCAGUACGUGCAGUGCGGCCUCUACUGGGGGUACUCCAAGGCCACCCGCCCCGAGCUCGCCGAGGCCGGCUUCUUCGUGCUCGGCGUCGUCGCGCCGGUUGCCGCCGCCGUGUACACCGUCUGCAGCCCGCUGGGAAAAGACGGCCAGUGCCACGAGCUCGCCUUCUUCGAUUCAACCUCGGCAACACAAAUGCACCCCACCCCCGUUGGUCACCUUGUAAUUGAGCCCGAGUGGGCCGGCGGCAUGUUUGACUGCGGCGGCGACGCGCCGUCGACGUGGUGCCUCUCCCUGUCGUGCACCUUCUGCGUGUUCGGGUGGAACAUGGAGAGGCUGGGUUUCGGCAACGCCUACGUGCACGCCGUCACGUUUGCGCUCCUGUGCUUCGCGCCGCUCUGGGUGCUGGGCGUCUCGGCGCUGCACAUCCACGACUACGUCAUCUGCGACGUGGUCGGCGGCGCUGGCGUUCUGCUCUGCGCGUGCGGCCUGCUCUAUGGCGGCUACUGGAGGAUCCAGAUGCGGAAGAGAUUUGGCCUUCCAGGGAGCAGGGCGUGCUGCGGCUCCAAGUCGUUGACGGACUACGCGCGGUGGCUCUUGUGCUGGCCGUGGGCGCUGGCGCAGGAGGUGCGCACGGCGAACCUGUACCAUGUCGACGGCGAGAUCCUCUACUCCAAGGUUGCUGAGGAUGAUCAUGCGGACAGCAGGAAGCCGUUGCUCGUAGUGUCCAAUGAUCAUGACGUUUUCAGGGCAACAGACACGGUUAUAGUAUCUCAGGCAUCACCGCCGAAUGGUCAUCUGGUUGUUGUUGAUGACGAAACGACCAUGGCUCCACCGGUUCAGGUUGUGGUUGUGCAACAACUGGAGGGUGAUAAAUCUGACGAUAGCAGUGUUCCUCUUCAAGGUGAGAUGAGCAAUUCUUCGAUUCUGACAUCGGUGACGGUGAGGGAGGAGGAUGCAGCUUUGUUGGAGUCAAACCGAGCAGUGACAGAAGAAGAUGGUCAUGGUAUGCCAUCUGAUGGAAGUUGGAGAGUGGAAAAGGUGAAGAAACUGAUCAAUAUGGUCACACUGGUGUCCCUGCUCAUUCUUUUGUACACGAGGGGAAUCAUUCUAUAGAGAAGCAGAAGAAAUUGGACAUGUAUGAUGUGCAUUAGAGGCUGUAGAUUACAUCUUUCCUCUUUCUCCACUUUUUUGUUUGGGUGAAAUCAGGAUUGUAUGAAUUAGAUUGAGUUCAUCGGUGUAUAUGACAGAAACACUUGUAACAGAAGUGCACAAGAUUUAGAUGGAACUGUAGUUUUUUGUAAGGU